AACGGCACACGCUUCUUUUCCAUUCUACAUUGUAUGCAGAUACGGUGCUCGCCCAGUAUGAAGUCUAUAAUCUUGGUUUUCCUGCCAACAACUGUGGUUAGCUUGGUAGCUGCAGCGCCGAACAGUGGAUGGCACAAUGCAUUUUACGGCGAAGCACACUACCGCCUUGGCUCAUCACCACGACCCAGCAGCGAUCUUUACGGGUCCUCAGCAUACGUUUCGGAACUUGGCGACCAAGCGAGUAGGAAAACUUCGAUGAGACCACAAGAUACAAUAUACGCCCAACGGUUUCAGCCAAGCGCACAAAGGAACGUAUGGCUAAAGGACAUUGGCUCACAGGACACUCAGAGGCAUAGACAGUAUUGGAAACCUAUCCGUGCUGAUGACGGAGAGCGUGCGACAUGGAUGAAUGAAGAAAUUCCAGAAGGUGACACUUAUGUUCAUUUGUAUCAUCUCAGUGGACAAGGUGUAGAAGUGCCGCCUCCUUCAGGAAUCUCGCAGAAUGUGUGGAUACCCUACGGUCAUGUGCAUGAUACGUUACCACAGGCGUACGAUGCAGAUAAUCUGCGAGAUGAGGAUCUGUGGAAUCAUGAAGCAUGGCAACCCAUAUAUGGAGGGUAUAGUAGUGACGGUAAGAGGGGUUACUUGACAGAUGAUAUGAUCUCUGGUUUGCUGUCAAGUGGUAAUGAGGGUUCUGGGAUCAGGUAUACAGGGUCCAUGCCAGAUGAGGAUCCUUAUAGUGCAUACGGUAUAGAUCCUGAUUUAGUUGAUUACUUACCUCCCAGCGCUGUUCCAGUGUUUUUGAGUGAGCAGGGACAAGCGAACCCCAUUUUAGGUAUUACUGACACCUUUGCUACACAACAGACCAGUGGAGGAGGAAACCCUGUGUCUAGUGUGGAACAGCAAACUACACGGUAUGGUACAUGGGGAGGUGGCAUUUCAGGUGACUCUACUGGAGCUAGUGAACUGAGCAGUACAGCUAUGGACACCGACCUAGGAAGUGCCACCAAGAAGAAAGCCAGCACAGAUACCGAACCUAAAAAUUUCACUGCAGGUAAUCUCGGAGAUGCUGUUGGCGUUACUUACAUUGAUAGUGGCAACCUAACAGGGGACCAGGGCACUGGGGUCGAGAUACUCGGAGCCAGUAAAACUCAGACGGGACCAACAGGGGUGGAACACAACAGCGGUUCUAGUAACACUAGGGAAGAAGGUAUCGGAUAUGGUCUUGGAGAAGUUACUGGCAGUAGUGUAACAAACAAUAACGCUGGAGCUAACAAACUUGUCGACAGCACUGGAUCUGGUAAUAUAGGAGAAGAGGCGUUUGGUAGCAGUAUGUUAGGCGGUGGUUUAGGGCAAUAUGACUCUAGUGGAGUAGGCAGUAUACUACAAAAUGGAGGUGCACAGAACGGAACUGAAAGUGGAGGGACAUCUGUGGGAGAGUGGUCUGGAGGUAGCGCACUGGAAGAAAGUAACAUAGGCAAUGGAGUGCCUAACAUUGGGGAGAGUGAAGCAGCAUCUGCUGAUGUUGUCACAGAAGGUUAUAGUGCUGAACAUAAAGAGUCUGGAAGUAGUAUGACUCAAAGCAGUGGGGCAAAUGGCAGUGAAUCUGGGAAAAACAGUGUCAUAGGUACUACUGUUUUUCCGCCACCUGGAAUUGUGGAGAGCACAGGGAAUUUGGAUAACUUAUACAUAAAAAAUAGUAGUGUUGGAGAUGGCGGUUUGGGAGAGAGCAACCUUGGAAGUAGCGCCAUUAAAGAGGGAGAUUCUGGCCCAUUCAACGGCAGCUUUAAAGCUCCUGGUGCACAUGUUACUUCUCACGGAAAUGCAGAUAAUAUCGGCGCUGCAGACGGAAGCAACGGUAGUAGUGCUGGAAACGCCAGUGGAAGCCACAUCGGCGGUGGCGCUGGAGAGAGCAGCAAGGCAGGUAUCGCAGGCGUUGGAGCCUCUGGCGGAAACGGGAGGGAGAGGGCCGGUGCGAUCUUAGGAAACACGGGCAGUGUCAUGGGGAAUGGCAGUGCCAGUGGAAGCAGUGUUGCCAGUGGCACAGAUACAAAUAACACGAACAUCGCGGAACUUAUUCGACCAUUACUCAUUAAGUUUCCGGAUUCCACAGUAGCGGUGGCUGAAGCUUUUGCUGGUCUCGGACCAGACGGCAAGGUGCAAGCAUCUUCUUCCGCAAAAGUUUUCGACUCGAGUUCCAAAACGCAAGUGUGAUUUACUCGCCAAUUCCGCUGUUGUCUGAAGCAGGAUAUGCCAUGACUCGAUCGAAACAUCGCUCACCAUUGGAAUUAUGUGCUUUACUGUUGACACAACAACCUACUAGGCAAGUAGUGCAAAAGCCCGUUUGUUCUUCCUUCACAUCAGCAUCCGUUGUUUCCAAGACAAUAUUUUUAGCUGUAACUUCUUAAAGGAAUGUAUAAUACAGUGGCUUUGCACUGUAUUCUCAGCGAAAAUUUUAUAGCUAUGCCUGUGGUUUACGUGACGUACUGUGUGGGCGUUGGUCACGGAUCGUCGAGCUUGUGUAUCUGCCACUUAUAGAACAUGAUUUUCUUAGACGCAUCACGAGCCAGACGGUAACUGUCAAAGGCAGAGUUCAUGGACAUUUAUGACUCUCAUUUUUUUAUAGAUGUUCCUGCUGUAUAAUUGCUGUGGCACACUAGCGAUGGAACGUGAAAAGGAUGAGUAAGAACAAUUCGAUAUGAAAAUCAGAUGUACGGGAAAAGUUCUUAGGUCUGAUUACGAAUAUUUCUGGCAGAUGAGAGUGAUGAAGUAGAGAUGUUUAAUCCGAUUCUUGACCUACAGUGCUGAAUACGAGGACUAGAGAGAACACGACUGAUAACUGACUAGUUAUCUUGUAGUAUACAUCAGUCACUGUGAUAACAAACUGUAAUGCCUUCACAUUAGCUAAAGGCAAAUAGUAACUAUGAAUACGUGUACGAAUGUAAUUAAUUUAUUAAAACGUUUGGAUCAAACGUU